AUGCCUCACCACCCACUUCCAAAUCAGCUCGGCAUUGCAACACUGUCGCUGGGCCACUGUACAAAGCACAAGCUCCGAGAUCGCAUCCGAGCAGCUGCAGAAGUUGGCUUCGACGUCAUUGACCUCUUUGACGAGGACUGGGCGGCAUACCUUUCAGAAAAUGGCCUUGAUUCGACUGAUCCUUGGGAGGCUACUGAAUCAAAGCUCCGUGUAGCGCAACAGCUGCGCGAGCUGAUCGAAUCACAUGGCAUGAAAAUCGCCUGCACACAGCCACUGAGGGAUAUUGAAGGAAAUCUGGACCCCAGAGACAGACAGGCAGCGAUGCAUCGGGCUACCGCCAGAUUCCCAUUCAUGCGCGCUUUUGAUACCGAUCUUGUCUUCAUAUGCAGCAGUAUGAGGCCAGAUGACGGAAAAAUAGCGACCGCCGACUUUCAGACUGUUGUGAGGGACUUGGCAGAGCUAGGGGACCUUGCCGCUGAGUUCUCCAGGAAGGAUGGUGGAAAGCAGAUACGUAUCGGCUAUGAACCACUUUCCUGGGCACGCAGGAAUUCCUGGGCUUCCGCCUGGGAGGUUGUCCGUGCAGUGGACCGUGUAAACGUGGGAAUCAUCCUAGACACGUUCAACAUUCUCGCCGUCGAGUUCGCAGAUCCAUACUCCACCGUUGGGGAGGGCAGCAUGCUGUACGCUUCACGAGAUCAAGCCCUUCGGGUCCUCGGUCGCCGACGCCGAGAGGAUGGCAGGUCGAGGCUUCAAACUGGCGGAAGAUCAAAGCGUGCCCCGGUUAUUACCGUGGUCACGCUCGCAUCGACUGUUCCCCGAGGAACAGAGGCGGGGGGGAUAUUUGCCAGUUGA